UUAAUGCACCAACAAACCGCCUUGUCUCCUUUCUCCUCACGCUUAAAGGACGGGAUUGUCCUUGAAAGUCAGAACGGCGACACAACGGCGGAUCAGAACGGCAGCUCUGACCCGGCCCCUGAGACAGGACCUGUAACAGCAGAAGCCAACCCAGAGAGCAUUGCACCAGGGUACGGAGGUCCCCUGAAGGACGUCCCGGCGGAGAAGUUCAACAUCACGUCGGUGCCCAAGUCCUACCACUCCCCGUGGGAGCAGGCCCUCACCAGCGACCCCGCCCUGGCAGAGACGCUGUUGGCCGCGCUGCCGGAGCCCGCGGCCCAGCCUCUCCCAGGCUACAAGAGCUUUAACAGGGUGGCCACCCCGUUCGGAGGAUUCGGGGGCCCCCCCCGCUCCAUCCCCACGGCCGACCCGGAGCCCCUCCCCGACCUCCUGGACCUCAGCGCCGCCGCCGCUGCGGCGCCGGCCGGGCCGUGCCGGCCCACCUUCAACCGGCACGCCGCGGGCUGGGUGCCGGUGGGCCCGCCCCCCACCCUCCCCAAGGUCUCCCUGCAGCCCAUGCUGAUCCCCGAGUCGGACGACCUUUGACCCCUCACUCCUGCCCGCCGCGAUGAGGUCAUCGUCAUGACGACGAGUCUCUGGCUGCCGCUGGGUCUGCCCCCUACGAAGGAGUUCUGGGUGGGGGGGGGGGGCUCUAAUGGAGGGCAUUAGGGUG